GAACUGACGGCCGUAACCUCUGUGUUACGGGGACAGGCACACUGCAGGACAGCCUUCGUGGGGUCCUCUGGGCGCCUGGGUUUCUCGGUGGCUUCUGGGAAUCGAUCUUUCCGUAGUCGGCCCUGAGACAGACAAGAUGGGCAAGUGCCGAGGUCUUCGUACAGCAAGAAAGCUGCGCAACCACCGACGUGAGCAGAAGUGGCACGACAAGCAGUACAAGAAGGCCAACUUGGGGACCGCUCUCAAGGCCAACCCCUUCGGAGGCGCUUCCCACGCCAAAGGAAUCGUCCUGGAAAAAGUAGGUGUUGAGGCUAAGCAGCCCAAUUCUGCCAUCAGGAAAUGUGUCCGAGUGCAGCUGAUCAAGAACGGCAAGAAGAUCACCGCCUUCGUCCCUAACGACGGCUGCUUGAACUUUAUUGAGGAAAACGAUGAAGUUUUGGUGGCUGGAUUUGGUCGGGCUGGCCAUGCCGUUGGUGACAUUCCCGGUGUCAGGUUCAAGGUCGUAAAAGUAGCCAACGUGUCUCUGCUGGCCUUGUACAAAGGCAAGAAGGAGAGACCAAGAUCCUAGACGUCUUCUGCCCUCCCCUCCUUCAAUAAACAACUUUCACAAACUCGG